CAUAGUGCCACAACACACACUUCUCAUAUCCUUGGUGUUUUUGUUUAUUUUCUUCUUCUUUUUUCCCAACAAGUGCCAAAUUUCUUACAAUACGACUGGGCAUUUUCCCUGCAUUUACAACUCAACAGGGCAACACCAGUUACACCACCCAUCCACUCACUCAAUUCCGCCUUGUCCUCCAUCUCCGAUCAUCUCUGCAAAUCUGAGAGCUACCGGAAAAAAUGUCACAUGGAGACACUAUACCUCUUCACUCAUCAUAUCAAUCCGACAUUGAUAAAAUUGAAAACCUCAUCUAUUCCAAUCCUUCUAUUGUCCUUCCAGCACGCCCUCCUUCCCCUCGUGGUGCUAUACCUGUUCCCGCCAUUUCAUCUCCACAACCCCUACCUUCAUCGGUACAGUCGAAUAUAGCUGCUACUGGAUUUGGAUCGCCUCCCAAUACCCUUAUAGAACCCGUUUGGGAUACCGUCAAAAGAGAUCUGCCUAGAAUUGUUAGUAAUUUGAAGCUGGUGGUUUUCCCUAAUCCUUAUAGAGAAGAUCCUGGCAAGGCUCUUCGUGAUUAAGAUCUAUGAGGACCUUUCUUCUACAUUGUUUUCAUUGGUGUCACUUUGUCAUGGUCUACUUUUGUUAAAAAGUCCGAGGUUUUUGCUGUUGCAUUUGCUCUGCUGGCUGCCGGUGCUGUCAUCGUGACAUUGAAUAUCUUGUUACUGGGCGGUCACAUAAUCUUCUUUCAAAGCCUCAUUCUUUUAGGUAACUAUCUAUUCCCACUUGAUGUUGGCGCCUUUAUUUGCAUGCUAAAGGACAAUGUAAUAUUGAAGGUGGUUGUAGUUUGUGUUGCACUAGCUUGGAGUUCUUGGGCAGCAUACCCCUUCAUAAGUACAAAUAUUAAUACUAGGAGGAAAUCUCUUGCUGUGUAUCCUAUGGUACUCAUGUAUGUAUCUUUUGGAUUUCUCAUUAUUGCCAUUGAUUGAUGGCAAUCAUGCCUGUCAUAUGAAAAUGUAUGAAGCUGAUAAACACACAUUGAAGUAGGCAUGUAUUGUAUUGGAAUUUUUGAUUGUCAUACGAAGUUUUGUUGAUAGUUUUGGUUUGACCAUUUGAUCUCACAUUUUGUCCUCAUGUCCUUGAGAUGUUAUAUACGUCUAGUUAUGUGUGGUGUUAUCAUGUAAGCCUGAAACACUAGCUCUGCUGUAUAAGAUAUCUUCUUAUGAGGGUCUCUUCAUUCAUGGGUGUCGAUGCCUCUGAGCACUAUUGUUGAUUGGUCACAUGUCAUACUCAUCUUGUUAGUGACUGUGUCAAUUCUAUUUUCUUCGCCGAUUAAGGGCACGGGAGACUUGGAAAGUUAUAUAAGAUUAUAUACUAAUAUUUGUAAUUGUUACAUUUUCAUGAAUAAAAAGAAGCUUGCACAUAA